AUGUGUGUUGAUUUCCCCUCCCUUUUCUUCUCACACAUCAACAAUGGCGGACGUGCAGUCAUGGCUAGCAAAUGAUAAUUACAUCUCACCUUCACUGAUAUACUCGGAUUCGUCGCUAUCUCUAUCGUCUUCCUCAACCACAACGCGCACUGCACCCUCACUGUGUGCGGAUUCGAGCUUCAGCAGCAUCAGUUCCAGCUCCUCCGCAAGCACGUACUAUACCUACCAAACCGCCGCGAAACCAUCGGCCUCGCACUUCUGCAUUUCGAGUACCAAAGCCACGGCGGCGCACAUCAGCUGCCUCGCGGUGCACGGCGGCCUCCUCUACGCAGCGACGAUCAAGGGGAUCAACGUCUUCAAUCCAGCCAAUCUCGCGCUCGUCGAGACGUUCGGGUCGGGCUCGGGCUGGGCGAAGUCAAUCGCCUUCACCGACGGAAAAAUCUUCACCGCGCACCAGGAUUGCAAAAUUAGGGUUUGGACGCCGCCAUCGAUUUCCCCCAAAUUGAAACACCGGCAAAUUUCAACGCUUCCGACGCUGAAGGACCGGUUUCUCAACUGCCUAUCCGCCAAAAACUACGUCAAAGUCCGCCGCAACAAGUGGCGCCUGUUGAUCCAGCACGCCGACGCCGUCUCCGGUCUAGCCGUUGACGCCGAUCGGGGUGAGCUCUACUCGAUCUCAUGGGAUAAGAGCUUCAAAACGUGGAAAACCACCUCAGAUAUGCAGUGCGUCGACUCCGUGAACUCGGCGCAUUCAGACGCAGUGAACGCCGUCGCCGUCUCCGGCGGAACCGUCUACACCGGAUCCGCCGACGGGAAGAUCAAGGUGUGGAGAGCCACCAGCGACGGGAGGAAUCGGAAUUUAAGCGCGACGCUGGCGAAGCACAGGUCGAGCGUGAACGCGCUGGCGGUGAGGCCGGACGGGGCGGGGUUGGUCUCCGGAGGCGGAGACGGAGUGAUUCUGGUUUGGGAGAGGAGAGAUGGUGGCGGUGAAGGGGAAGACAUGGAUUUCUUCGUUGCGUGCUGCUUGAAAGGGCAUAAAGGGGCGGUUUUGAGCUUGGUUUGUGUGGGUGAUUUAGUGAUCAGUGGAUCUUCGGAUGGGAGAGUGAGAAUCUGGAAAUAUGGGAAGGGAUUUGGAUACAGAGGUUUCUGUGUGGCGGUGAUGGAAGGCCAUUGUAAGCCGGUGAAAUCGGUAGUUGCUGUUGAAGAUGAAGGUUUGGAUGGUCAAGGGUUUUCAGUUAUUAGUGGAAGCAUCGAUGGGGAAAUUAGGGUUUGGAAAGUUGUAAUUUCAGAUCACUAUAGUGAUUGAGUUUUUUUUUUCUUUUUCGAACAAGAUUCUUUAUUAAAAAUAGUGUUAUGAUUUUCAA